GCCUGUAUUAUUACAGUGACGGGAUUAGCAAUUUGGAGGCAGAAUUAUAUCUGGUAUACUGUUGUACUUAACCUUCUUUACAUAGAGUGUUUUACCCCUCAGUUGAUCCAGUCCAGUCAAAAUACACACACGCACACAUCCAACUCCAAUAACAAGCAGACAGAUAAACAGCAGGUCUUACUAGUGAGCUUGGAAAAGGGCAAUGCUAAGCAAACAAAUAAUGUGUUUGAAUGAUUUACCCAGCUAAAGAAUAUCCUUCACUUACAUCCUGCUUCCUUACAGGCACACCCAGUGCUGCUUCUGUGUCACCUUUUGGAGUAUCACAGUCAAUGAAAACUGGAGAUGUCAUCAGAGCUUGACUACUGAUGCAUCACUAAUUCGUUUCACGCCAAAAAAAAGUGUAGGUUUUCCUAUGAAGACAUCAGAUUAGCACAAAAAGAUCAAAGAUAGAUUUGCACAAGUGACCAAUUGCUUGUGGCUAAACCUCACUUUCGGGACUUUAGGAUUAAAGCGAUAGGCCUCUGAUUAACGAAGCUCCGCCCCUAUUCACCAGCAAGGGACGGGCACGUAUAAACACAGUUGCGCAGGUAGGGCAUUCAGUCCUUCAGCCGCUACUGAAACUAGGGAGAGCUGGCAGCUGGAAUACUGUUCACGGAUAGAGCGCUCAUAUAACCACAAUCACUCCGCCAGCACUGCAGAUCCCUGCUCCAGAGUCAACACAACGUGCUUGGAAUAAACAACAAAAGCCUCAUCAAGAGCUUCAAGCAAGAUGGGCAAUCUGGUAUCCGAUCAGAUGGAGGUUCAGCCUGCCAAUGCAAAGCUGGAAAAUGGAGCGGCAAAUGGUCAUGUGAGCAUCCCAUCUACAGACGAGGGUGAAAAUGUUGCCUGUGAAGUAGCUGUAGAGCAAAGCAGUGAGCUCCCUUCCCCACCCACAAAAGAGGCCAGCCCCCCAUCAGGGAAUGAGGUGGAUGGCGUCAAGAAGCACACCAAGGGCACCCCAGCAGCGCCAGAGCCCGUCGUCCUGCUGUCGUUCUCCAAGACGGAACCCCCCAGUACUGAUGCCCCCGAGGAUCCAUCACAGCAGUCUGUCAGCAUCAAUGCCUCUGUUGAAGUGGAGGCCAGUCCCCAGGGUCUUGAUCUCAAAACGGAAACGCCAACUGAGUUGGACUCCUCCCCCAAAGAGGAGGAGUCUAAGCAGAAGGGGGCAAAGAGGGCCAAAUUCUUAAAAGUUUUUAAGAAGAAAAACAAAGGUGAAGUUGAGAAGGAGCUAACUUUGGAGUGCAACAGUCCACCUGAAGAUCAGGAACCCUCUGUAGAAGCUGAGGUUCUGACAAAUGGUCUCCAUUCUGAGCCCGGAGCCGUAGAGGGGACCACAGCUGCGGAGAAGCCUUCGGAAGGUCUGUCCACUAACGGCACCCCAGCUGGAGGCGAAGCCCUCGAAGUCAACGGUGAAACUGUUCAGCAGGCGGACGCCAAAGAGCAGGAGGUUCCAGCAGAGGACAAAAGAGUGAUGAACUUUUUCAAAACUCUCGUGGCCCCCAGUAAAGCUCCCAAAGAAGAGGGAGCCCCUCCCGCUGUCCCUGUCGAAGAGGUGAAAGUCAGCGAGGAGCCAGAACCGAAGGCCCAAGCCGAGGCGAGCCCAGUGACCGAGCCGGCCGACACAUCGAUGGCAGAACCCAAAGCGCCGGCCCCUUCUGUGAAAGUAUCCGUGCCCAGUCCUUUCAGCAAGUUCUUCAAAUCGAAGCAGCCUUCGAAGGGAGACAAACCAGAAACUACAACAAAAGCCGUACUGGAAGUGGACGCAUCGAUGGCCUCCACAGCCUCUAAACCCCCCCCACCUCCCCCGCCACCAGAGCCACCCAAACUGGAAGUCAAAGCAGAGUUGGCUGUCCCAGCCAUCAACAGUGCCCAGACAGAAGCACCCAAAGAUGCGGCGAAGGAGCCUGAAGCUGCCAGCAAGCAGAAGCCCGCCAAAGGCAGCCCCUUCCGAAAACUGUUCCAUUCAAAGGAGGAGGAGAAACAGCAGGAAGAGGAGACACAGCCAGUUGAGGAGGAGGUAACCGAGGCGAAGUCCGCAGAGGUCCGAGUUUCACCAGGUCCAUCUCCAAAAGCAGAGAAGAAAUCAGGAAAGUCCAAUCUCAUCGCCUUCUUUAAGCCUACGGUUCUGCAGAGUCUGCGAGUCUCUGUGGUCCAGGCAUGUAGCUUCAGCAUUCUGGCCAGCUCUGCCUCCGCGACCCCCGACACCAAGGCGAAGGAAGGUGCAUCGGUAGCCGCGCCUGCCGUUACCGUGGAUACCGCCCAGGCCGCUGCAGUGAAGGCGGAGCCCAAGCCUGCCGCUGAGGCGGAGAAGAAGCCGGAGGCCGCACCCGCGGACGGGAAGCCCGUCUCCCAGGCCUCGCAGUCGGGAGAGGACGGCACCUCCGGCCCCUCCAAGAAGAUGGAGAAGAUGAACUCCGUCCACACGUUCUUCAAAAUCCUGGCCCAAAAGCGGCAGUCUGACACUGGAGUUCAGACCGACCCCGUGACCAUAGUUUACCCGACCAAAUAACAACACCCCCAUGUCAGGAGUGCCACAUCCCAAGUGCCUACUUUCUUCUUCCAGGGAAAAACAGACAGCAAAUGUAUAUUUAUACUGAAAAACAGGUUUCCUUUUCUCAUCAAAUGUAAGUGUGGAUUGUGGAAAGUGGAGGCUUUGUAAAGUUAAAAGAAAGUUGUCGUGACUGUUAGUGUGGGAACUGCUGUUUCACAUGGGGUUGGAGAAAGGGGAGGAGCCACCAGACAAAGAACUCAUUGCAAGGUUACCUCAAUGUGGAAGUGGAAGGUAUUUUUGAUUCAGGUUUUGAUGUCAGGUUGAUAGCUGAUGUAGAGAAAAGAGAAAGCUAGCAGUGACCGGAGAGGUGUUAUUUAUCUGUUUAAAGGGACUGGGGUGUUUAAAGUAUAGCUUAUUCUUUUAAAAACAGGAUUCACUUAAAUAGUUCUAAACUCUAAGCUUAUUUAUCUGUGCUUUGUGGUCUAAUAUGACUUAUUUUGUCUGGUUGUUGUUGUUGUUUUUUUUUUCUUUUUCAUUUGUGAAAGAAAAGUCUCCCUUGGAGCAUUAAAACUUUAUUGAAAUUGUGUUCAGCCAGCCUGCUCAUUGAAGCAAAUGAAACACAUUGAUGCUGUACAUGUGAGAGGAGGUUUAAUACUGAAGCCCUGAGCACCCUGCACAUAAUUCGCAGAAUCUCUGGAGCAAAGAUCUGUGCUGUGCAGCCUGGUUAUAAUCUCAUAAUGCUGAAAUUCAAUCUAGGUGUCACAGAAGUGUUACAGAAGGGCAGGGCCAAUCAGGCGUAAACAAAACACCAAAGGCCUUCAUUGGUUUAACUGCAAUGCGGCUCCUUAACUCCAAAUAAUAACAUUUAGACAUUCCGUUUUUACGUUUAGUAAAGCAUAUUAUCAGUUUGGCAUGAGCUAAGAUUAACCAAAUAUAAUGUACACAAAGGAAUGUAACACUUUUUUCUUUCGUUAAAAUCUAAGGCAGAUGCAGUGCAUUUAAAAUGUGCAACACAGAUGUACCAAAAGCCAAAAUUAGGAAUGGGUGUCAUAUCACAUUCAAAACUAGUACAGUUAUUUUAUAGAAGUAUAUACUCUCCACUUACCAGCAGCUUACUGUUCACAAUAAACUGUGAACACAAGGUAACUGCAGACUAAGAGUUCCAUUAUAGAACCCAAAUUAUGGGCACAGAAACUGCAUCACAGAUGUUCAGGUGCUUUCAAAAGUACUGUGCUAAUAUUCAUAUUCACUUAAAUAAUAUUAAGCUUUUGCUAUCUACUCCAACACUCCACCAUUUCAAGAGAGGAUAGGACUUUUUGGCCAUCGAUGCUAUUAUAUUUGCACAAAUAUUACCAUUACCCAUGAAAAAAUACUCUCUUCCCCUUGAGGACAAUGUCUGAACUUGAGGGUGCUGUAAUAUAACCUUAUGCCAGGGUAUUCAUGGACCAGGUGAGACACUGGUACCUAUAUCUUUCGAGACCAACUUUUCAUGAUUUCUAAAGCUUUGUUGGAUAUUUAUUUAAGACACUUAAUAACCGUAACUCUUUUAACACAUGUACUUGUAAAAGCAUGUUUAUAUUGGCUAGGUUUGCCAUGAUCCUUAACUCUUUAAUGUCAAGGAAAUUUCUGUAGGCCUCAGCAGUGGCCGUCAGCCUUUAUUAUUUUGAAUGCCAUUUUUUAUAUAAACCUCGUAAAUCUGACGAGAUGAAUUUCAUGUUCUUAAGAGACCAAACUGAAAACUUAUGGGGUUGUUCUGUCUGAUGCCAUCUGCAGUGAGGAAUGGCCCAUUAACUAAUUGAGGUAAAAUAAUUCAUUUGUGGGGACUCUGUACAUAGCAUAUACAGUUUAGGAAUAUGUACAAGAAAAUCUCAUUUAUCCAUGAAAAUGAACUGGCAACAAAUACCCUAAACUGCAAAUCUGUCCUUUUUCCAUGCGGCAACUUAUUCAAAAGAAAUUAAUGCUGUAUAGUAAAAUGCUUUUAGGCAGAUUGCUCUGUCAUACAAGCUGUAUACAGAACAAAACUGCAUACAGUUUGUGUCCUUGUCUACAUUUUUCAUGUUACAUUGGUAAUAUAUCUUCUGGGAUUAAUUCAUACACAUUAUGAUGCACAUUAUUCCAAAUAAAGCCCUUGACAAGCAGAUAAUUA